AUGGCUGGAAAGAACGCCCUACCACAGACACUUAGAGGCAUUCCAACUCGAAGGCAAAGCCAGAUCCUAUACUAUGCCUAUAUAGUCGAUAUUCAGACAAUAACCCCUGUGAUUCACCCCCCUCUUGUGCUCAAGGAAUACGAUACGUUUGGGAAUUGGUACGAGAUGCGCUCUACUUCAGGAGAGCCAUGUCCUAAUCCGGCGUUCACUCCCUUACUUUACGCCAUCUGGUAUGGAGGUUCAGUCACAACCUUCAUGCAAACUCUCGAAGAGGAAUUUCAGGUGUCAUCAAGACUUGCUCUUUCCAUGACAUUCGUUUCUCCGGAACCCGUCCAUCUCAAGUCUUACAGCUUAUUUAAUUGUACAGACAAUCAUGUUGAAAGAGGAAGAACCAAUGACGUCAGCGUAACCAUCAGUUUUGCCAUAAGGGUUGCUCAGACACUGGGGCUGCAUCGUGAUCCGGCGAACUUUGGAAUACAAGGGCCUAAGGCAGAAUAUAGACGUCGUCUUUGGUGGCACAUCAUCCAUAUAGACAGUGUUUACGCUCUGUCUACUGGUAUCCCUCCUCUGCUUGAUGAUGAUGUUAGCUGGGAUGUGCGAGAAACCAGCGAGCUAAAGGAUUUCUUAUUAGGCACUUCAGAAGAAGCCGAAUACGAAAGGGCAAUCAAGUUGGGCGGACAUUGUCCUGAUCUUCCCGAUUACCUGGCCUCAUGUGAAGCCUUUUCAAAGGUGCACAUCUGCUACUUGACUUCUAACGGCAAAUACGCCAUGGCUCGUGGGUCUCUAAAUGCCAUUCGACGGAUCCUGAAGAUACAGCUCUCAACGAAGCCAAUCGAGCGAAAGGAACUGGCAGACCUUCGUGAAAUCCUGACGAAUCUGGGAACAACCCUCAAUAACAUUGCCGAAAGAAUACCAGAUUGUAUACCCUUGCCUAGCUCGAAUCCAUCGACAUCUCUCUGUACAGCCUGUCUAUUUCAAGACCCAACGGAUGAUCACAUUUGCAGAAAUGAACCAUGGAAUCUCUCCCACGACAACCGUGGAGCGACGAAAUUUGGCAAAAUCCUGGGCCCGUUCUAUCAAUGGUCCAAAAUUAUUCUCUCACUUUACUUGGUUGCAAAGACUCAGAAAAGAAGACACCUUGAGUCUCAUCUGACUGACCAAAUUGCAGCAUUCUGCGUCGCAUAUCAACCUUUUUUGAAACAUUCCGAUAGCCCCAUCCGGCCGGAGUUUAUCCAACUUGCGACAAACCCAAAACUUCGUUCAUUUUCACUGGAGUUGGCCAGGAAACCAUCAGCCAUUGCAUGCAAUUAUGUAUGGUCUUCCACUCUAUUUGCAGUUGAUGUUCUAAAAUUUGCAAGGAUAUUACUCGUUGACCUUUAUGAGCGACCGCAUAGUCUCGAGGCUUUAACUUCGCGCCUGUUGAUCGACAAUGUAAUGGCACUUUUGGGACCCGACGGGGGUGUUGUUGGAGUCGACAGGGAUUCUAUGGCUCGAAGACUUCUCCAAGAGGAAGGUCGUGAAGCAUGGUCUAUGAUACGAAAUCUCCGUCGAAUUUCUUGGCUGAAAAUUGGCCUAAAUCCUGACAUUCUUUGGGUUCAGAAUGAUCAAACUAAUGCAAGGUUUGUUUUGUCCACAAUGACUACUUGCCGGUCUAGCAGUCGUCCAUCUUCUGACACUUGUCAUUCUAGUGGACCGUCGCAACAGCAAUUGGAUGGUCCAUCACAUACCCAGUCGAUGAACAACCAAAAUCCCAAUUUCAAUGGUGAUUUAGGGAUCUUUGCCCAACAGUCAUUGCCACAAGAUAGGUUUUAUGAUCCUUCAAAUCGACAUCGCUCUCAGCAAACAAAUUCUGCCAUCUUCACUUCACAAAGUCUCCCUGGGCAUCAAGCGAUACCAACAAUCUCUUCCGAUGGUUCAACAGUUGAAAACUUGAACACACCUUUCGCUCCAUUGCCUUCUAUGUUGCAAAAUCAGAAUCCAAGAACAGGCCCAUGGAUUCCCGUGGGAGAUGCGAAUCCUGGCGAUGCGGUACGUGUUGAGCAUUCACCUUUCCCGGAUUGUCAUUUGAAUUUUGACUGGACCCUAUGGGAUGCUGUGUUUGGUAUACAUCCUGUCCUCGCUGAAGACUUUAUGGGAGCACAUCCUCUAAACAAUGCCUAG